AUCUUAGUACGUUCACAUCCGCGUGACCGAAUCACAUGCCCACGUUUUGGAUCCGAGACAGACGGUUGCGAUUGCCACACGUGCGAUUGGGAUUGUCACAAGUGGAUGCAAAGUUAAUGUGUACGCUUGACUGCAUUUAGGAAAUCUCUCAGACGCAUGGUUUUCAACCCUGGUGUGUCAUCAAGGAUAAACAGUAAAUUUUUAUCUUAUGUCUCAAAGAGAGCGGAAGUCAACUUCCUACCUCCACAUCCAAAUGGAGAAAAUGUUGAUAGCCUUGAAAUGGAGAGGCAGGAGCUUCUCGAAGAGGCUGGAGGUUGUGAGUGGUAGUCCAGCUGCUGAAGACUUCAAGGAGAGAUGGCCUGCCUUAUUUUGUGAAGCUGAGAUACAAGAAGAAUUUUGGAGACUAACUACAAUUUCCUUGGAACAGAGCUUCAUGAACAGGCUUGACGCCUACACGCCAAAAAUGAUUACCCUAAUGAAGCUCAAGGGAGGUGUUGUGGGCACCAAGCUGAGGCCGUACAUGGACAUACUGAGUCAGAACCAAUACAUUGAGAUGAGGCGUGAAGCUGUUAUCCGGAGCCUCAUACUGUACAUUGGCGAGAAAGAAGAGGAACUGUUUGAAGAUUGCCAGGAGGACAACCACAGUGACACAGCGCAACACACCCUCAAGAUUCUGGUUGUACAUGGAGCUGAUGGAAAGGAUCCAGUGGAUGUAUCCAUUAUUCUUGAAGGCAAGGAGAUAUUGCCGGGAUGCCAAAAUACUGCUAAAGCUUGUGCCCUGCUUAUGGGACUCAUUUAUGCCCUCAACCUUGAUUCACUUUUUUAAAAUUUAACAGAAUUCGUAAAAGCACUACUCAUUAUCAGUAGGAUGCAGUCUCUUUUAAGAAAUUAUUUUUGACAUUAUUUAGCUAAAUUGUUUUAUAUAGAAAUAUUGACAUCUUUAACUGUUAAACAAAAUGUUUUUAUGCAUUUAAUGCUGUAAUGUUUAGAGCGUAAGUACAGAGUGCUAUGUUGAAUGUUGAAACUGCACUGUUUGAGAGGAUUGUUACUUUUAUUGAAAUAGUAAUGUUGUAUCCAUGCAUUAUAUCCAUGAGGUUUAAACCUCAUCCCAUGUUUUUGUAUACCUCUUGGGGUUAAAACACUUUAUGAUCUUGACAAAUUAAAUUGUUUUCAGGACUCAAAUCCCUAAGGAAACAGUUGUUAUUUAAAACUUAGGUUUUGCUUUAUGUAACUUCAAAAGGUUACAUUUUGACUGAGUCAUUGUUUAAUGUUGGAACAAAAUAAAUGUUUAUUGCAUC